UCCGCUUUGCCCUUUGCGGGAGAUGACUUUGAGCCUCCUCAAAGCGCCAACGGGAACUUGGCGACAGGGGGUGGCAACUUCGUCACUUCGCUGCAUUCUGCACCAAUUCCCGGUGUUGUUGUUCCGCGGGGGCAUGGACGCUCUCGCGUGGAGCGGGCUUGUGUUCGAUACCCGCUCCGUGUAAAAGCCGAGCGGCAGCCUGCGACGCUUGGGCACGCCGCUCUGAGGAAACCAUAUCUGGUCAAAGUAUUCGGCGCUGCUGUCACCCGGCUGGACCGUCCGGCUAUAAAUAGCGCUGGCGGAGGUUGAUACAGUCUUGAGCUGCUGGUAACUAAGCUGUCAUAGUUCGGCCUUUACAACGGAUGUGAGGUUCCCCCAGUUGCUCAUCUGGCAUAUAAUAUUUCUCAUUCAGAAGCCUUUACUCAGGUGUGUGGCAUCAUGUCGGUGUUGAGGAAGGAGAUGGAGAAAUACAGGGACAUCGACGAGGACGAGCUGCUCAUGAAGCUCUCAGAGGAAGAGCUGCAGCGGUUGGAGGAUGAACUGGUGGAGCUGGACCCUGAUAAUGCACUGUUGCCUGCGGGGAUGCGUCAAAAGGACCAGACCAAGAAAGCCCCGACAGGAACGUUCCAGAGAGACGACCUGCUGGCCCACCUGGAGAAACAAGCCAAAGAACAUCCUGACAGGGAAGACCUUGUGCCCUUCACUGGGGAAAAGAGAGGGAAGGCCUGGGUCCCUAAAAAGAUGGUGGACCCCAUUAUGGAGAAUGUGACCUUGGAGCCUGAGCUUGAAGAAGCUCUUGCCAGUGCAACUGAUGCUGAACUUUGUGACAUAGCAGCCAUCCUGGGCAUGCACACCCUAAUGAGUAACCAGCAGUACUACGAAGCGCUGGCAAGCAGCACCAUCGUCAACAAGCAAGGCCUUAACAGUGUAAUCCAGUCCACCCAGUACAAACCAAUUCCCGAUGAGGAGCCAAACUCAACUGACGUGGAGGACACGCUCGUGAGAAUGAAAAGGAAUGAUCCGGACCUUGUGGAGGUCAACCUCAACAACAUUAAGAAUAUCCCCAUUCCGACUUUAAAGGCGUACGCUCAGGCUCUGAUAGAGAACACUGUGGUGGAGAGGUUCAGUAUCGUUGGAACCAGAAGCAAUGACCCUGUAGCGUUUGCUUUGGCGGAGAUGCUCAAGGUUAACACAACACUAAAAAGCCUGAAUGUUGAGUCAAACUUCAUAACAGGGACUGGAAUCCUCACCCUCAUCGAGUCGCUGCAGUACAACACGACACUAUUGGAGCUCAAGAUUGACAAUCAGAGCCAGCCGUUAGGCAAUAAGGUGGAGAUGGAGAUAGCCAGCAUGUUGGAGAAAAACACCACGUUGCUGAAGUUUGGCUACCAUUUCACCCAGCAGGGCCCUCGUCUCCGAGGCUCCAACGCCAUGAUGAACAACAAUGACCUUGCUCGGGUUGUCAGGUCAGAAUCCGAUGGCUCCUUUACGCUCACUUUGUCUGUCCCCGAGCUGGAGCGGGCCUUUGGGAAAAAGUUCAAGUCAAAGACUAAGUAAACAAUGAGAAAAAGAAGGCUUGAAGGAGGACCCAUCGUCCCAAAAUGUCGGACAAAUGUGUAGGACCCCUCCCCAUAUCCCUCAGCCUCCAGUUUUUGCCUUCUGUUCACCCUCUUUUAAAAGUCCACCUGGUCCUGUUUUGACCCCCAGUUGACAUCAAACAGCCUCUCCAGAUGACCUUGCACAUCAUCUCUGACAUAAGUGCACUUCAGGGUUCGGAGACAACUCUUUGUGGACUUUUUUUUUUUCUGCGUCCACCAGAACAUCCAGUGCAUGCCAAAAAAUGAAAGAUAAUUGACAAUUAAAUGUUUAUACUUGGGGGAUUUCUGAAUUGUGCAAACAAACCAUGUAAUGCUGCCAUCUUGGAUCUUUUACUAGCAACUGUCAGCUUUUGAAACGGCCUCUUUUGGCAAUCCCUAUUUAUACUGUCGUGUUGAACUGAUUUUAAUUAUUAUUAGUAGUAUUAUUAUUCUUUUGUUGUAAAUGACUUGUUUGGACAUUGCUACCCACACAUUAAUUGGCGUUACAAUGUUAGUUAGUUCCUAGCAACAACAGUCAAACACUCAAAUUAAAAACAAUGAUGUCGUGUAUGAAUGACAUAUUCCAUGUUCAUUUUGUUCAUCAACAACUAAUUUCAAUUUAUGAACUUUUACAAGAUGAGUGUUAAAGACUUUACCGUCAUACUGCAAUAUACAGUGGAACCUCCAAAGUAGAACAUCCCAACAAGGAUAUCAUUUGAAGUUCAGACGGAAAAAAAAAAUUGCAAAUAAGCUUCAAGCAAGCCAACACACCCAAGUUACAGUUUAUGUCUCACAGUUGAGACAUGCUUGGUUUGAAUAGGAAUCUGAUUGAGUCUCCUUGCACCUUGUACUGUACGGUCCUGUUACUGACCAGUCCAGGGUGUAACCCACCUCUCACCCAAAGUCAAAUUCUUCAGCACCCUGGACAGGAUAUAAUAUUAAAGUCAGACACAAUUUAAACUGGUGUGAUAUCACUUGAGAUUUCAGCGCUAUAAACAUCCAGUCUAAAUGUCGCUAAACUAACUCUAUUACAGUAAAUACUAAAUUUGGUACUAAAUGUCUACAUUUUAAUUUUUUGUGGGUACUAGUUGCAGAAAGGAAGAGUGUAACAAUAAUCAUAUAAUCAGAAAUUGAACUUGUGACGUACAGAAAAGUGUCUUUUCGCUCAGUACAUUAUCAGAUUUCAUUUCAAUAUCAGUUACAUAGACAAGUUCACUUUACUAAUAAGAUGAUGAAGUGAAGCUGCAAAAGCCGUAAUUGCUAAUUAUGAGCACGAACUAACUAAUGUCACAUUCUUGUUGAAAAUCCCUUUUUUUUUACUUUACAAGCAGCCAAGUUAACUGUCAAUUAAUUACAUAUGAAAUGAAGACAAAUACACACACAAUAGUUUUUAAUUCCAGCAAUACUGAGAAAACAUGGCAAGCUGUCAAUAUUCAGAUGUAAACAACAUCCUGGUACCUUCAGUUUGACUGUAGUUUUUUUUUUUCUUCUGGUUCAUACAAUGUUCAGCUUCUUGUUGUACUUGUAUGGAAUGUUAAUGUGUUACCUUAUCUGGUUAAUAAAGGUUUUAUGGUGAUGACAAUUUUAGCCUGGAACAAAUUAGCAGUAGUUAUUGUAUUCGGGGUUUUUAUUGGGGGGGCUAAAUUUAGAGCAACAAGUCAACGAGUGUCACAGAAUGGAUGCCAUUCCACUUUGGAGGUUCAGUUGUGUCUUUUAAAAUGUUGAUUUCAAAAACCACCUCAGUACAUUUCAUUUCAAUUGAUUUAUAUCAAUAUUAAGUGGUCUGAAAAAAGUAAUUUGACCAUCAAUAUCAGUUGCACUUGUUUGAAAUUGGCAAACUGCUGCAAUUUUGCCCUCUUCUGUUUAAUUGUACCUUUGAGGAGUUCUGCCAAACAUAGAGUAGAUGGCAGUGUUGUUGUUGUUGUUGUUGUUAUUUUUAAUGUAGCACAGACCUGCCAAUGGUGUUGUUUAUUGUUUCUUCAAGAAGUUUAAAAAAAAAGGUUUGAAAUCAGAUGCCUGGCGGAUUAUCACAGGCAUACACAAACCUCUAAAACCAAGUUUGGAAUGUUUCACUAAAACACAAAUUGGGCCACGGCACAAAACAAACAUGGAAUUCUGAUCAGGCAGAUGGAUUUAAUUUGGGGGAGAAGUUUAAAUAGAUGAUGUUCAAACAAGCUUUGAAGCAGAUGCGGAUGAGAAUUUAAUUGGACUCUUUGGACAUUUAAGUGUGUCAUUGCACUGAUCCUGGUUUGAUCUUCAAAUGUUCUUUUCAGGAAACAUUGUCUUUGAUUACAAACUAGAUAGCAGCAGCACUGCACACAGCGCUGAGCUUUUGGCAGCAUGCACAUCCGGCUGGAGAGGGAGGGGUUCAGGGACAAAUAGCUUGCUUGCUGAAAUUCAAAUGAAAUAUUUAUUUCUAUUGGAAGGAUUGGGAGAAAUGGCCAGGUGAUGGAUGUCGUUUAUAACAAAUGUCCAUUAUGGAUGAAAACAUUUGUAAUUGAGUGACAUUUUUAGCCUUGUGUGUCCACUUGUCUCCAUUUUAUUUAGAUCAUUGUUUUGAUUCUGUGUUUUUGUUAGAUAGCUCACAUGUUGGUGUGGAUGGUGGUUUUUGAAAUAAA